AUGCUCUGCAGACUACCAGAAAAUGUCUUGAACCAGAUCACUACGUAUCUCGGUCUAAGAGAGCUGGUGGCACUAGGUGGCGUCAAUAUGCGAUUGAAGCAGCUUAUUUACUCUGACGAGGGAAAAGUGUGGCAACGGAAUGAUCUUUUAUUUCCGGCCGAAGAUAACUCGAUAACCGAUACGUUUAUCCAAAACUUGGUUGGUGAUAUUCCACGUAGUUACGCUGUGCACAAGAUACGUCUUGUUGGAUUACCCCUUAGUUGGGCUGGUUGCUUCCGUGUCUUUGAUCAUUUUGCACACUCUGUCGACCAUAUUCAUGUCUCGGCCACAAAUGCAACAUUGGCGGAUCUCGUGUACCAUCUUUCUGUGUUUGCUGGUAACCUGGCUAUGCUGCAAUAUGAAAACAAGAUUCCCAUCACGUUCCGUGAAUACACCGUAUGCCAUGAAGAGCACAAGCUCGCUUUAUCCGAGAGCAAUUAUUUGGGCACACACUCGCUUGCUGGUCUCAAUCGAUUAUUGGAACGCAUCACACUAGAUGAUCCACCCUUUGAACGUCUCUCAAAAAUCGAUGUCUCAAGCACUGAUGCAUCCUUUGAUCAUGAAAACAUUCGCCAAAUCUACAUGUUGACUGGUUUUCUUGCAGGCCGUCGUCCUCAAAAUGGUAAACGUGCACAUCAGCCUGAUGGCGAUGAUGAAUCUCCAUAUAGCAGUAAACAUCGCAGGACAACAACCGAGCCCUUAUCGCAUGCAGCACCUGUGAUCACAGCAGCGCAUACUUCAUCUUUUCAACAACAGCAGCAACAACACGCUUCACCUGGUUGCACCUAA